UCAAGGGUUAAAUCUAAAUACAUAAGUGAAAGAACAACUUCCUUCUUUGCCUAAGUCAGAAACAUGCUCCCAAGCUUAUUUCUCAGCAUGUGAGCACAGGUCAGGUUUUGUGUCCGCAGGGCCAGCCCUGCUGGAUCCUCAGCCUGUGUAAACAGCCCGGCCCGUCCUGCCGCGCCACAGAGGAUUCCUGUCCCUUCGUGAGACGAGGGACAUCGCGGGCCGUGCCGGGCACGCCACCGGCUGCAGCCACUCGCCUCCGGGCAGGGCGGCUGCCGCAGGGCUGCCGGCCGAGGCUCUUCAGGGGGUCAAGAGGCCACCCUGCAGCGUUCCGAGUCAGGGCGCAGCGACUGGCCCCGGGAACGGCGUGGAGUGGUUUGGGAGAGCUCCCAAGGCACAUCUUCCGCUUUUCUUCUCCUCUUGGCAGCAAUCCCGUCCGCUCCCGACAUCAGCUGAACUGAGAGGAAGGAAAGGAAGAAAGAGAAGUAGUCAGCUCAAAUGUGCCUCGCAGCGCUGCCGGGGCGCGGGGGCUUGGCUGGAAGGAUCUAGUUUCCCUUCGGUGGCAGGAAAAGGAGCCACGGGAGGAGGCAGAGACGGACACACAGACAUGCCCGUCCCGUCAGGCUGCUGGCUCCUUCUCCUCUGCCUCGCUGCCGCUGGCAAGCAGCUGUCACUACAAAUCACUCCGCCGUGUGAGAGCGAACAACACUAUGAGUACUCUGGACGGUGCUGCAGGAAGUGUGAGCCAGGGAAAUAUUUGUCUGCUAGAUGCACUGCUACUUCUGAUAGCGUGUGCCAACCAUGUGGCCCAAACGAGUAUAUGGAUGUCUGGAAUGAAGAAGAUAAAUGCUUGCUACAUAAAAUAUGUGAUCAAGGGAAGGCCUUGAGAGAAGUGAACCCAGGGAACAGCACGUUCCAGCGGCAGUGUGCUUGUACAAUGGGCUACCACUGGAGCGAGGAUUGCGACUGCUGUCAGCGGAAUACCAUGUGUGCUCCUGGACUUGGAGUCAAGCCUCCUGUGCAACAAGACAGGGACACAAUGUGCAUACCAUGUCCCAGAGGCUACUUCUCAAAGGUCUCCUCAUCCACCGACGAGUGUAAAUCCUGGACCAACUGUACAGCUCUAGGGAUGGAAGAAAGUGUGCCUGGGACUGACAAAUCUGAUGCAGUUUGUAAAGAACGGAAGAUGCCUGAACCAUCAGAAGAUGGAACAAAUAGAAUCUUAUACGUGUUGAUUGUCAUCUUGUUCUUUGUGACACUAAUUGGCAUUGUCGUCUUCAUCGUGUACUACAAGAAGAAGGGAAAAAAGCUGACAGCAGAUCUACAGAACUGGGCUAAUGAAGUGUGCAGCCAAAUAAAAGGAACAAAGGAACCCCCCAGAGAUGCGUUUGUUUCUGUGAACAUCACAAAUGCUGCUGUCCCCCAGAGGGCUGAAGACACGUGUCUCCUGGUCCCCUCGGGCUGUCCUGUCCCUGGAAACUCAUGCUGCACCUCUGGUCACACUCCUUGCAGGAAUGAGAGCCCCAGCACAGAGCCUUGUGAGUCAGGAGAGUUUUCUGUGGUAACCGAGACUGAUGAUUACCAAUUCCCACCAGUUCCCACGGAAGAUGAAUACAUGGAUAAGGAUCUUAAUAACACUGAUUAUUUAUCUUUACUAAGUCAGACUGCCAGUAAAACCGUGUCAUCAUUUUCAGAACCAAUGGAGGCAGGGGAGAAUGACAGCUUGAACCAGUACUUUUCAGGUAUUGGGAGCACAGAGGAUGUAUCAGUCUCUCAAGGCUUUCACCAUCCUUCCAACACAAAUGGGGCACACAUUGCCACGGACCAGCUUCUACAGAAAUCUUGCCAACGUGCCCACAGUUGCCCCAAGGAAACAGGCAACAAAGACACAGAACAUUUUGCAACAAACUGUGACUCAGAGAAGAUCUGUGUGAGGUGUGGCAUUUUGUACAGAGAAUCUCCCCAAAAGUGUAGCAAACCCUGCUGUGCUGCGGCUGACAGCACCUCCACCUCCCCAGAAACUGGUUCCUGUACCCAGUGCACCUGUGGUUUGAAUUUUCUCUCUGCUGGUCAGAGCACUCUAACAAAUGAUCUUGGUGUGGAGGAUGUACCUUCAGAUAGUACCAACAUGAAGUACCAGAACACAAACAGAAGCACUUCAGGGACACACGGAAGCACUUCAGGGACAAACAGCAGCACUUCAGACCUCCCUCCAGCAUCUGGAAAUGUGACUGGAAACAGCAACUCCACCUUUAUUUCAAGUGGACAAGUAAUGAAUUUCAAGGGCGACAUCAUUGUUGUCUACCUUAGCCAAAAUUCUCAGGAGGGGGCGACGGCCUCGGGGCUGAGCGAGGAGAACGUGGGCAGCCCCGUGCAGGAGGAGAACCUCAGCCGCUGCGAGACUUUUGCCGGCAAUGCCCAGCACUACAAGGAGAAGUGUGCGGAGCUGCAGGGCGCCCGCCCGGCCCCGGGGAGCGGGGGGCCACGGUGGCCUGGUGGAGCCCUGGCCCAGGAGCGGGGCCCCUCCUGUGGUGGACAAGCCUUCCAGCCCGUGCAGGAGGAAGGGAAGCUGGGACACUUCUCAGAGAAGGUGUUGAACUGAGGGGGCACGGUGUCCUCGCUGUGGGCCAGGGCACCGGCACACAGCCCCCGACGAGGCUGCUGCCGUGCUGCCAAAAUCCUGGGUGUCACAACAGACUGGGAGACUGUUGCUGCCCCUGGUGUCUCCUGGGAACUUUGACAGCUGGAAGGACCCUCACAGCGCACAUGUCAGUGGUGGUGGUGGUGGUGGUGCUCUGGGUGGAGGUGGCUGAUGGGGAUGGGCGCACGCGUGAAGCGGGGCACGCUGCCCCUGUUGCAGAAGCAGCAGCAGGGCUUUCUCCUCUCCCCCAGAGGGAGAUGGGCUCCCUGCCUGCCCCCCAUUCCCUGCCACCUCUCCCUAGCAAGUGGCAAAAGGGAACUGAGAUCUGUUGAUCUGGGGACUCUCUAAGGUGGAGAGCACUGCUGGCCAGGUGUGCAGGGUGCUCCUGGAGAGGGGACGAUGUGGCCACAGACUGGAUUCAUGGCGGCCCCUGAGUUCUGCCUCAGGGUUUCAUUUUUGCAGCUAAGCUGUACCCAUUUUGCUGGGUCUUGGAGGUGGAAGAAAGCCAUGGUGCUGCUGCAACCUUUGCCUCCCUGCAGUGAUGUGGCAGGUGGCAUCAUCCCUUCCCAUCUUUUCCCAAGGAAGCAGACACUCCAGUCCCAAAUCAGCAAUCAGCACCAGAGCCAAGGUCCUGGGCUGCCCCUUAUUGACUUGUGUGUGUGUAAUGCUGCCACAGGCAGAUGAUAGCAUGCAAAAUACAGAUGAUAUGCUUUAAAAGCAUGUCAGAUUAAUCUCGAGCAAAGAGCAUUCAUAGUGACCCUGAUUCACCUCUGCCUUACUGCACCUCUCCAGAAGAGUUCAAACCUCUGGAGAUGAGAGUGAUGUGUGCCUGGUACACUGCUGCAGGAAUAACAUCACUAUAGUUUAAGACAAAGAGCUGCUAGCAGGUGGAGAAAGAGUCUGUGACUACCAGCUGUGCAUAUUUCCUGAGUUACAGGAGAGGGAGGGAUUACCCAAAGAUGGAGAAUUUGGUCAGGGUCAAACACUUGUUCUUUUAUCUGCCCAAACAAUUUUGUCAUUCCCUUUGCUAUUUUCAUUUAUAGGCAGAGAUUUACUUUAGGUAGCAUGAAGCUAUUUCCAGAACCUGGCCUGUGUAAGCUGAAGUCAGAGAGUAGCCUCUGUCACACUGGGAGCUGAUGAGCAAUGGGACCAAAGGUUUGGCAUUAAAGAAUAAUAGUAGUUGUAUUUAGAAGGGAAUCUUGGCUACUUGGCUGGCUUUGGUUCAUGUCCAAUAUCCUACAGCCUUCUCCAGUAGCUACUGUGGAGAGAAAAAUGAAGGGAACAGUCUUAAGGAGCUCCCAAAAGAAAAAGAUAAUAUUUUUAAUGAUUUCCUGACAAGGGAUAAUUUUCUGACAUUCUCCUGCAGAUGUAAGUGCUGCAGGAAUCUAUCUGCAGCUGGAGCCUUCAGGAGGGCAAGUGCUCUGUUUCCUGCCAGACAGCAAAGGGAUUUCCUAGUGUAGUUUUGGCUUCGCUGAUGGAAAAGGUCUCUGGUUGGGAGGGAUUCUCCUCAGAAAGAUUUUAAAGCUGAGGGGUUUACUGCAUAGCUGCUGUUUGCAGAAGUACUUCUCUGUGGGGAAAGAGCUGGCAGUGUGAUCACUGUGUCACAAUGAGCUUCUCAUGCAUAAAACAAAAGGAUGGGCUUAGCCACCUUCACCUCUCCGGUUAAUAAUUCUGCAUUGUUUAUAUAUCUGGGAUGUAAAGUUCAGUACAAAUGUUCAAGACUGUCUCUUGGGUGACUGGUAAAAAGGGAAAAUGAACAGCCAGUCACUUCCACCUCUAUGUGGCCUUUGAAAAACUAGAUCACCCUAGCCUAGACUCAGACAGGCAGGUAGAAUGUGCCAUUCAGUGAUGGCCCCAGCUACCUCUGCCUCUCUGAAGGUGUGUGACUGAGGCUCUCUUGUCUGUGGUAUUCUUUUGUCUUUCCUGCUGGAUCUUUUAAAGCCUCUUUCUAGUCUCUUCUGGAGUAGUUCUGUAUCCCCUAGGCACUGGUACAAUAGGGACAAGGAAGCAGAACUACCAUCACCUUCAGGCAAGGUGGUAUAGAUAUUUUCCUAAUUCAUCUUAUUUUCAGUUGCUUUUUUCUGGAAAGCAUUCUCCAAGACAUCAGUCCUGCUGGAAGGCAUCCAACCAGCCCCAUUCACAGGGCAGGCAGGACUGAAUUCUUGCAUUCAUCUUUGGGUAAAUUACCCAGGUCUGUCUUCUUCUCCUUCUGCAGCUUCUUUCUUCCCUUGGUUUGUAACUGCCACCGGAGAGCAGGCUCAAAAUCCUGGUUUGAAGGGAGACAAUGGGAAUUUACUAUGUGUCUUCAGUGAGGACACAUUUUUCACUUGUUGAAUUUCAGAUUCCUACUAAGCAAGGACUGAAACUAGGAUCAUCAGCAAACAUGAAGAAAUGAGUCCCAUAUGGGAAACAUGAUGCACUAACAGACAUAGUUCUUUUUCUUCCUCCAGAGUCUUUUUCAAAAUUAAAAAACAAUAUCACAGCCAUUAGCAUGCUGCAUGUUCCCUGGGUCUCUGCCUGGGUCUCCUUAGACAAGGAUCCCAAAGGGACUUCUUUAUCCUCAUGAUUUCGUUUGUAAUCAGUUUGGAGCUGGGAGUGGAUUUUAGCAUCUAUUUGUACAACAGGGACCUGUGCAUUGGGCACUAAUUUGGAAGCUUCUGGCUGCUAUUGUAAUACACAUAAUUAAUGGUAAUAAAAAUCUGAAAUAAUUAUUUGAGAAAAGGUGAAGCUUUUAUUUAAAUAAAUAGGGAAAUACCUUAUUAUAUGCCACUGCCUGUUUAAAGAAAAAUAAAAAAGAGCAAAAUGUGAGUAUGAUUACAUUUAUAGUUAGGCUUUUGUAACAUUUUUUGUAUGUUGAAUUAUUUUAACAAGAAGUGCUUACCUUCCACAGUGUGUUCUGCAAUGCAUAUUCUGCACCUGCACCCAGCCAGAUAGGAGCUCUCAUAGACCUGAUGUGGUAAUGCUUUACUGCUGAGAACUAGGUACCAAUUCCAACUCAUUCCUGAAGUUUCCUCCUGCACAACAUGCAUUUUUACAAGUCUUUUAGUCUGAGGAGUCACAUGAAUUAUCCUUGGUGAAUAUACUAAGUGUUCUUGAAAGUCAGACACUUUCAGACCUGGCAGAACAGGAGUAAUUCUACAUGUAGCCAUGGGAAAACAAGGGCACUGGAGCAGCCCUUCUUAUCCCCAUGGAACACAAUAUGGCAUUGAAGAUCAAAAUAGACAGUAAUCAUUGUUAAUCUGUGUACUUUGGUACAUAUUCACACAGAGACUGGAAAGCUUACAGCAUACCUGGGAGCAGCACCACUAAAAUGUCAUUUCUACUUGUCCAUUCAGGUUUCCUCCUUUUCAUCAUGUUGAUGGUAUCUGAGCAAUUACACCCCUGUGUCUAUCAUGAAACAGAAUCCUGCAGAAAAAUAUCUUUAUGCUUAUCAGGUAUUUAAUAGAGCUCUCAUUUUAUCAGAUACCUCCAUGCACAUUAGGCAGCAGUGCCCUAAAAAUAAUCUACUGUGAGUGGAGAAUUCCCUUCAGCAGCACCUUGGCAGACCCCAGCAUAUAUCCCUGUUUCCCAUUGCUCUCACUUAGAUAGUGAGGUUGCUGGGUUUUUCCUUCUGCCAGGUAUCCAAGUUGGUUGUGCCCUCCAAGAUGAUUGUGUUGUUUCUGCAGCAAGCAUUGCUUCAGUCUUGCCUUCAGGUCCUCCAGCUGACUUGUCAAAUUGUUAAACAUCUGUUGUGUUGUAAACUGUGAGCAUUCUUAAGCAUGAACUUUGUGAAAAAAAAUGCUUUAUUACAAUUCUCUACAAUUUUGAACAAGGCAAUGACCACAUAACAUUAAGGAACCCUGUUGCCGUAGGUGAGGAUGCUCAGAUGUCCAGUGAGACAUGUUUUAACACUGUUUUUUUUUAUUUCUUCUUCUUUUGGCUAGUUGCCUUAUAGUUUCUUUGUUUUGGCUGAGGAUUACCACAGCUCUUCUGGUUCAUUUCUUAGCCUGCCUCACCACUUGGUUGGUCCCUGGGUGCUGCACCAGUUUUCAUUUGAAUCAAAGUUGACAGGUCUGUUCCCUCAUGUUUCUAUUGGUGGUCUCACAUUUCUAUAUAAUAUAUGAAUAUGGUCAUACAUGAAAUUACUCCUAUUUCAGCUUCACAGGAACUGUUGGAAAGGUUUUCGAGGAGAACAAAGGAGCUCAGGAGUGUUUGGGACCACCUGUACAAGUGGGACAUACACAAGUCAAUGGGACAUGGCAGAAUGCAUCCAAAGCUGCUGGGAGGGCUUGCCAAUGUCAUUGCAGAGGCACACUACAACAUCUUUGACAGUUCAUGGAGUUUGGGGGAAGUCCCAGCUGACUGGAAAAGGGCAAAUAUUACACCCAUCUACAAAAAUGGAAAAAAAGAGAUUUGGGAAAUUACAGAUGAGUCAACCUCACUUGAGUACCUUGAAAAAUUAUGGAGUGGACUCUCCUGGAAGCUAUUUCUGGGCAUGAAGAAGAAGGCAACUGGGAGAAGCCAGCACAGCUAAAUCAGCCCUGUUCCACUGUCAGCAGAUAUUUGCUUCAUCACUGAUUCCAUAGAGACUUGGAAGCAUGACCUUCCUCUUGAAGAUCCAGGCAAAGAAGGCAUAAAGGAAUCUUCAGGUCUCUCUCUGUCAUUUGUAAUUAACUGGCCAACCCCACUCAACAGUGAGCCUACCUUUUCUUUGUCCUGCUUGCUAACACACAGUACAGGAUGUUGGUACUUGCGUGCUAUUCUUGACAUCUUUUGCCAGCUCAGGCUAUGGCUGGACUUUAACCUUUCCCUCUGCAUCUCUGCAUGCCUGAGUGGUAUUUUUAUAUUCUGCUUUGGAAGCCUGUUCCUUUUUCCAUCACUCUCAUGUUCCUUUUUUUUGCAUCUGAGUUCUUUCAGUUUCUCACUGUUUAACCAGGCUGGUUUCUUGCUGUCCUUGCUUAAGUGGAUGAACUGCUCUUGUGCUUGGAGAAUGCUGUCUGAAAGUCUCCCAGUGAUCCUCAACACCUUUGGCUUUCAAGGCAGACUUCUAGGAUACCUCCUGACAGCUCCCUCAGCAAGAUGAACUCUGCUCUUAAGAAGGUCUGGGGUUUUACUCUGUUACUUACCUUCUUCACACUCCUUAGGAUAAUCUUAUCAGUGCAGCCAAGGCUGCCACUGCCAGUCUUCAGUUAUUUGAAGAAGAUUUUAUCUGUUUCCACAUCAAGUCUUCCAUAGCAGACAGCUACCACAAGUACUUCCUUUAUGGUAACUCCUCUGAUUUUGACUGAAAGACACCCAGAUGAUUUGUCCCCUUGCCCAUGUCCUCAAAUCACUCUUUUACAUCCUUCUCGUCCACCUUUUCUGUUUUUCUCAAAAGCUUAGAAGCUGCUGCCAUUUCCUUAGCUGGUUUCUAAAAUGACAGAAAAACCUAGCAAUUCACCAAGUGUCCCACUGUUGUGCCUUUGUCUGGUUACAGGUCAACAAACUUUAUCUUGUAGCUGAAAAUGGGCCUUGAAAUUUCCCACCUGUAAGAAGGGGAGGGUGAGAGGCAAGGGCUGAAGCUCGUAAAGAUGUGUUCUCUCUUCCCACUGCCAUGUAGAGAUGUUGGGGGAAGACAGCAACUUGAUUCUUUUGGAAAUGGCAUCAUGGCCAGCAGCAUCCUGGAGGCUUGGUCAUGUCCAGUGUCCAGUAUCAGUUGUUACCUGAUGAGACCUCAGUCUCCUCUGUCCUGCAGGGGAAGAAGCAGCUGGCAACUCAUCCAGGGUUUCCAUCAGAUGAAAUCAGGCCUGUGUAUGUCUCUCUUAAAAAUAAAUCAGUGAAUACAAAAUCAACUAAAAUUUGGCAUAAGCAGCACAUGAGGACAAACCAUUUCAAAUGCAGAAACCACUGCAUCAAUGUGCUGUUCCUAUUGAUCAUCACUGGAUUAUAAUGGAAGCCGAUUUAUAUGAAAUCUCAGUUAUUUGAAGCACCUCAAAUGAGUAUCUAGAAGGUGAUUUUUAGCAUGCAGGCCUGCCAUUACAGUUCUCAAUUACAUAUCCUUAGGAAGCGGCUUACUUUCUUUAUUCUCUCUGGUUUUGUUCAGUUUUAACAUUCAUUUAUCUCCCUGCUAGUGUUGUAGGCACCACUCAAGCACAAAAGUUCUUGCUCUCUGUGGGAAAUACAAAACAGUUUCCCCAGGGACAUUUGCCUUUUGCAUCAUUUCAGUUCUUUGUUGUUUUUUUUGCAAGCUUAGCUGGUCAUAAAUGAGCUAGACAACAGAUGGUAGAGCUCAUGCUAUAACACAGAAAAUUUUAAUUUAACAGGGGUUUCCACUUAAAAAUGCAGCUGUCCACUGGUGCACGGCCAAAUUUUCUUCUGAGAACACUCUUUGAAUGUACUGGAGAGUGAGAUGGAUGCAAGUAGCUCUAAUGAUUGUCUCAGCAGGCUGCUCAUAAAUGUUUCCUGCAACCCCUGUUCUUUUCAUCCACACCCCAUAGAUCCAACCUGUCUGCUGGAUGGGCCACACUUCAGGGAUACAUUAGAAACCUGUCCAGUUCAUUGGCUUCACUUACACAAAACAAUCAUUGUCAGGAUUUUGUCCCCUUUGUCUGAAGGGAUGCUCCAAGUAUGGCAGAGGAAUAAAAAAAUAAAUCCACUUAAAUGCUUGGGUUUUCUCGGUCAGGCUGGCCUACUAUAUUUAAAUAUUGAUACCCUUUGAGUCUGUUCUCUUCAAAGUCGUAUUCUUUCACAGGUCCCAUUUGGGUCCACUGCACUGCACUUCUGUCUGCUCUGUAGAAAAUGCUACAGCUGGUGGUUUGUUGAUGAAAAAUACUAGAAAUCAGAUUAGUGUUUUUUGUUCUUACUUAGGAGGAGAUGGAAAAACACACUCAAGAAUUCUGUCCUAUCAAUAAUUUUUAAAACUCUUGUAAGUCUUGUUUCCUUUUGGAUUUUCAUGUUUUGGUUACUUUGACAGUAACAACUCUUCUACACCACCACUUUUUUUCCCUUGCCAGAUAAUUGUGUGUUGCUGAGAAUGGCUGAGGGGCAGGAUUGCUCUAAAUUGAAGAUGGACUUUAUUUCUAAGUAAAAUAUCACACGUGGUUCCUUUACUGGAUGAAUGGACACAAAAAGCUUUGCCCUGCUUUAUUGUGACCAGAAUAUGCCUGCUGCAGGGACUGUAGAGCUGUUGACAUGAUUCCUUUGGAGUCCAUGCAGAUACACUAAACAAAGCAAAUCACAGCCACAACUUUUUUAACUUGCAUGUGAAUAACAUCAGCUGCUCUUUUUCAAAGAGCAAAGAUAUGCCUGGGUUUGGGUGGUUUAUGGGUUUGGGGUUUGUUUUUUUUCCCCCUUCCCUCUAGUUUUCUUUCCCUGUCCUAAGCUCAUCAUUCCUUUUUCAGUGUAAAUACAAAGGUCAUGGUUUUCA